CUCCUGGCGGAGCCUGAGUCAAAUAGUUUUGUGGAGCGUGACCGCGUGGAACAGGCUAGGGACUUUGUUGAGGGCGAAGGUAGGGUCUGGCCCUACCUUCAGGCCGGCGAUGCGUUUGCGCUGCAGAGAGCAGCUGAGCGGGUUCGCACCGACAGUGAGUCGGAUUCCGGUGCUGUAGAGGCAGACCUCGCGUUCUGGCUCCUCACUCCGGAGUAUGUUCUUGAGACUGUGGUGGUGACAUUGACCCCCCCUGCAGAUGCCCAACAGGCAUUGGAAGCAGUGCAAGAGCUGCGUGAGCCAGUCCGCGCUAGACUGUUUCCGUCAUUGUCCAUCGUGACGCAGCAACCGUUUCCGGGCACAGGGCUCCUCAUUGCCCGUCCGGAGUGGGCCCUGAGGGAGAUCGUGCUAUGCUUGGACCUUCUAGAUGUCGAUGGUCGUCUCUACGCAGCCUGCGGCCCCUCAGUUGCAUCACGGGACUUCUUGGUGGCGUUGGCGUGCGUGGAUGCUCAGCUUGUUGACGUCUACAUCGGGGCUAGACCGACCCCCAUGAAUGCACAUGAAGAAUGUCAGCUGUCAGACGGAGAUUGUGUUUCCUUUGUUCCGCGACACUCACUGCCCGGCCCCUACUAUCACUUGGAGGAGAUGCUUCAGUCGGCUGCUGCGUGGGAGCAAUUCCCUGCCGCACCCUUUGGCCCUGCUACGUCCUCCUUCUGUGUUGUCGGCGAGAAUGGGCACAAAAGGGUUGAGGUGGACGACACCUCCCUCGUUGUCGACCGUGCCGCCCUGGUACGUGAUUUCGGCCUCAUCCCAGGCACGGCUCUCGUUCAAAUGGCGCUUCCCCCGGCCAGCGAUGUUGCCUUGAGCGGCUUUUACUGCCGGAAUGCCUGCGCUGUUUCGGACCCUUUUGAAAUUUCAGAUGUAGGGCGCGAGGCUAUCACUGCCCUGACGGUCAUCGAUUGCCGGGCCAUGCUCCAGGGCUGGCAGCUGUGCGCUUCUACGGAUGGCUUUGUGUCCUCUGCUGCUCUUCGGGAAGAGUUCUCGGUCUUCUGCCCCCCUGGAUGGUGUGUUCACCUGGAGGGACUGGAAGGCGAACAGGACCGUUGUCUGCUGAGCCCUGGUAGGGUGAUCUAUGCUUCGUAUGUUCCCUUGCCACACAAUCCCGAGGCUGCUGCUGUUGCCGAGGGUUUCGACAGUGAGGCUCCCACCGAUGAUGAGAUGUUGUCGGCUCUCUCUGCUGGCACGAAUUCACCUGGUUCUCCGCCAGUCGCUGGAGGCGUCGGACCCAUCGAGCGACGUUCUCGUAGUCGCUCCCCCUACCGGGAUAACUCUGUUUCCGAGCCGGGUGCGCUGACGUCCGCCCACGGUUACUUCGUUGCGCCCUUCUUGAUCUUUUCUCAAGAGUACGCGCCCGAGCAGGUGAACCUCAUCAUGCCCGAAGGCCUUGAUACCCACGAGGUUUAUGGGCCUGAGUCGGAGCGUCCUUUGCUUCCCGGCGAGGAGUGCCGAAUGUUCAACGGCGGUUGUGUGUCCUUUGUGCCUGUCAGUGGCUCCCACUUCGUGGUCUCGACACUUGACGAUAUGCUGUUGUCGCGUGAGGGGUGGAGUGUCGACUCUGUCGGCCUGGGCAUUCCCGGUCGCUGGGUCUAUGUUUUGACUGACACGGACCCCUGGAGUAUCGCGUGUGCUCUUGAUAGACGGCGUUUUAUGCGCCAGGAAAUCUCUGAGGCGCUGACGAUCCCUAUCACGUCGCUUUCCCUUCAGCCGGCACGGCCGCCUGUGACUGACUUUUUUGACAGCGGUCGACAUGCGGCAGAGGUUGUGAUCGCUACUCCGAGGCAGGCUGAGCUGGAGGGCUGUCACUUCUUUCUUGACUUGCGCCCCAUUUGUUGUGGGCUUUCUUGGGCUGCCUCCGCGGACUGUCUGGUUGAUGUUGAGGCCAUUCGCCAGCGAUGUGCGCGUUCGGGGCUCCCUGCUAGCCGUGUCGUUGUCCGUGGGGGUAUUGCUGUGGCGGACGGCCAUGUUCGCGUCUUUGCAGGGGAAGUUCUUGAGGUGUGCCAUGUGCCCGCUGACCCGGCCCAUGGUGAGGGUGAGGACCAUGAAGGUUCUUCCCCCCCCGAUCCGAUCCGAGGCAUCGAUGUCGAGGCUGGCUGUUACGCCUCCGAGAGUGCCGGGGCGUCGGAUAAGCGUCGGCGUCAGUCUGACCCUGCGGAGGGGACAGCGGGUCCGUCUUCCAGCCCCGUCUCCGGGCCUCCUGAGAGCAUGUCUGCUGAGGCGACGUCUGAUUCCCGCCCUUUGAGUGGUUCUGCUGCUGCGGUUGCCGCCCGCCUUCUGACUGAGCCUGCGUGCGGGAACCGCGAGCAGCUGCAGGCCCUCCAAGAUUUGAGGUUUGUCACCACCGAGCUAGGAGGCGAAUGGCCUUAUAUCCCGGUUGAUGAAGGAACAGAGGACCGUGUCGGCACCGAUGACGCAAUGUCGGAUGAGUUCCUCUUAGGCUCUGCUGUGCACUGGAUGCGCGCGCUGGUGCUGAAGCCCCUUUUCGCUCCGGAGGAUUUGCGCUUUGCCAUCCGGCUUCCCGCUCUGUUGGAGGACGUCCGUCUUGCUGUGCGAGACGUCCGCCGACACGAUCUGUCGGAUGAUUUCCCUACACUUCUUGAGGUCUUCCCGCAGCCUGUCCCUGGCGUUUGCACCUUCCUUGCCAACCCUGCUUGGCUGGGGCUUGCCAUGGUUGCCUGUAUCGAUGCUCGAGACGUAGAUGGUCGGCUUUUCGCAACGCAAGUGCCGGAUUAUCUGGACCGGCAGUCGGCUUUGUCGUUGGUCGCCCUUCCAGCUGACUCUGAUAUCAUGGUCAUUGUUGGACUGGAUGAGCAGCCUUUGAUAGACGGCGUCCAGGCUCAUGUGUUUCCGGGCAUUGCCUUGCGGUUCCUGCGGCCGGGCUCCCCGCUAGGGUCUCCUCAGGUUACUCUGGCACAGGCUCUCCUAUCUUUAGAGGGCUGGGAUGACGAUAUCGGCCCCAUCUUUGAGCCCGCACACGGGUAUUGUGUCGUGCUUGAGCGAGGGUCCUGCUUCUGUGACAUUGACCCUGCGCAGCCUUGGCACUAUCGCCGUCGACUUUCCGAGGUCUCAGGCGUCCCUGACCACAACCUGAUGAUCUGCUCAGCUUCGCCUCAAGUGCUGGACGCGGCUGUCGAUGGGUGGUGUUGUCGGGCCCUGGUGCUGGCCAUUCCGCGUGCUGGGUUUUUGGACGGGCUUCCCACGACCGCAUUCUUGCUGAUGCUGUCCUGGCUGACCUCAAUGCUGAGGCACCCCUGGGGUGGCGCGUUGCUGUCAAUGGCGUGA